AUGGCGAGGAGGCGCAUCAGCAGCCUCCUCACUUCGCUUCUGCUGGGACUUUUCCUCCUCCAUGUGUCGGUGAAAGGAGUGCAACAACAGGAGCAACGGCAAGAAGAGGAGGAGCGGUCCUGUCAGGGCGCCUUCGACCUCUACUUUGUCCUCGACAAAUCAGGAAGUGUAAAGCAUCACUGGAUCGAGAUUUACUCGUUUGUGGAGCAGCUGGCAGAGAAAUUUAUCAGCCCCAUGUUGAGAAUGUCCUUUAUAGUCUUCUCGACGCAUGGCAAAAUCAUCAUGAAGUUAACUGAGAACAGGGAAGCCAUCACUGGAGGGCUCAGAGCUCUAAAAAGUGUGAUUGCAGGAGGAGACACAUUUAUGAACCUUGGCCUGGAGAUGGCAAAUGCACAGAUUUAUCAAGAGAAUCAAGGGACAGCCAGCGUUAUCAUUGCAUUGACUGAUGGGGAAUUGAAUGAGUGGCAGUUUGACACGGCUCAACGUGAGGCUCAGAGGGCCAGGUCUAUGGGAGCAAUUGUGUACUGUGUCGGGGUCAAAGAAUUUAACCAGACCCAGCUUGCAACCAUUGCGGACACCAUGGAACAUGUGUUUCCUGUGUGGGGGGGCUUCCAAGCCCUCAGGGGAAUCAUUGACUCGAUCAUCAAGAAGUCCUGCAUUGAGAUUCUUGCAGCUGAGCCAUCCAAUGUGUGUGCAGGAGAGAGCUUUCAGGUUGUGGUGAGAGGAAAUGGCUUUCUACAUGCCAGAAAUAUUGACCAGGUCCUCUGCAGCUUCAAAUUAAAUGACACACACACUCUAGAUGAAAGACCAGCUGGGAUAGAGGAUACAUUCCUUCUCUGUCCUGCUCCUGUUAUUGAAGAAGCAGGGAGGGUGAUCUACCUUCAGGUGAGCAUGAAUGAAGGCCUAUCCUACAUCACCAGUUCAGUUCACAUCACAACAACUGAAUGUUUUGACGGAACUAUUGUGCUGAUUUCUUUGCUGGUGGUUUUCUUGCUGUUGGCCCUGAUACUCAUGUGGUGGUUUUGGCCUCUCUGCUGCACUGUGGUCAUCAAAGAACCGCCACCUCCACCUCCUCCUGAGCCUGAAUCGGACGAUGAAGAUGGGAUGCCCAAGAAAAGGUGGCCCACAGUGGACGCAUCUUACUACGGAGGACGAGGAGUUGGGGGCAUCAAACGAAUGGAGGUGCGCUGGGGGGAAAAAGGCUCCACCGAGGAGGGCGCCAAGCUGGACAAACCAAAAAACGCUGUCGUCAAAAUGCCAGAGCAAGAAUUUGAGCCUUUUGAGCCCAAACCUCGCAAAGCUAACCGCAGACCCACCCAGCAGAGGAGGUGGUACACACCUAUUCAGGGUAAGCUGGAUGCCCUGUGGGCUCUCUUGAGAAGAGGCUACGACCAAGUCUCUUUGAUGAGGCCUCAGCCUGGAGAUCAGGGGCGCUGCAUACGCUUCCACAGAGUCAGAGAAGGAGUGUCAGCCACAUACACCCACGCCGUGCCCUCUACGCCCGCUCCCACCGCUUCCCUUCCUCCUGCGCCUGCCGAGCAACGACCCCUCGUCUCCAACUCUGUCCCGCGCACCAAGCCCCCGUCCAGAGGGCCCCGCACCACGCCUCCGUCACGCACGCUCCCUCCCGGACCGCCCCCGUCCCGCGCGCCCCCAGGCCCCCCGCCUUCCAGACCCCCUCCCAGGCUGUGA